GAAAUGGUGCCCACCUUUGCCAAAGUAGCUCAUAUGUUGAAAGACAUCUGGGUGAAAGCGUUAAACGACGAAGAAAGAAAAAUUGAUAUCAUUCCUUAUUUAUCCAAAGCUACACUGGAUAUCAUUGGGAUAGUUGGGUUUAACUACCAAUUCAAUUCAUUAACGACCGCCAAUGAACUGGCUACUGCCUAUGACAUAAUUUUCCACCCCCAAAAUAGGGGCCAUUUAGUUAUUCGUCAACUAUCCCACAUUUUCCCAAUUUUCAGACGUCUACCAACCCAACGAAACCUUCAACUAAAAGAGGCAUCAAGGAUUAUUCGCAAAGUAUCUGCGAACCUGGUUCGCGAUCGGUUAGAAGAAUCUAAACGUGGCGAAUUACAAGGUAAAGACCUGCUGUCAAUGUUGAUAAAAAUUAAUGAGAAGGAGGAGGAAAAGAUGUCUUUUGAUGAGCUUCAGAAUCAGAUCAUGACUUUUCUCGCAGCAGGUCACGAGACCACGAGUGUGGCGACAGGGUGGGCAUUAUAUUAUUUAUCCAAAGAUCAAGAAUCUCAGGAACUUUUACGUAAUGAGUUGGUUCAAGAAUUCCCACAUCAAGAUUUCAUGCCAACAUUCGAUCAAAUCAAUAAUUUAAAAUAUUUAAACGCGGUGGUUAAGGAAACCCUAAGGCUUGUUCCUCCAGUUCCUCUUGUUAUGCGAAUUGCGGAUAAAGAUGACAUAAUUAAUGGUUACGUAAUUCCGAAGGGAACGCUGGUAAUCAUUUCACCCAGCACAAUCCACAAAUUACCAUCUAUCUGGGGUGAAGAUGUCAACGAUUUUAAACCAUCUAGGUGGUUAUCAGAUUCGCCAUUUGUCAUUGCACCCGAUAUGAAUAUGGAUUCUUUCUCCGAUAUGAAUUCAAUUGAUGAAAAACUAAUCACCAAUUACACGUGGAUACCAUUUAUUACCGGAGCAAGAGGUUGUAUUGGUGCAAAGAUAGCAUUGAAUGAGAUGAAGGUCUUGUUGGCAGUAUUAAUUAGAAAUUUUAAAUUUCGAGAGGUUGAGGGGUUUGAG